UCACUCAAAAACAAAUCAUCUGUCAAUUGAUAUUGCUCCAAAUACGAUUCCACCGAUUUGAUCUCUCUAACUACGUAAAUACUGAGUUGGCGGGCAACCAGCGAAGUCCUUUCUGUUUGUGGUGUCUUUGUUGUUCAGCGAGUGUGAAAACAAUCAGUUGGUCAACAAGAUGAGGAGCUAAUAGCCAAUUGGAUGAGACGUCGAGAAGAUUCUUUAUUUGCCUUUGUUGGGUAAAUGUUUGCAUAUCGAGUUACUCGGAAGGGUGAGUUUGAUAAAGUUCCCCAGAAGACGAUAUGAAGGCGAUAGAGGCGAAGGUGGUCAUACUUGGAUCGGAAGGAGUGGGGAAAACUAGUAUUGUUACUAGAUACCUAAAAAACGUUACAUCCUCUGACCAAGGACCGACUAUCAGUGCAUCGUUUUUUAGUUGUAAGCUCUACUUGGAUGGAGUGAAAGUGAAAUUACAGGUGUGGGACACAGCAGGACAAGAACGGUUCCGGGCUGUCGCUCCAAUGUACUAUAGGAAUGCUAAUGCCGCCAUAUUAGUAUUCGACCUGUCACAACACAAAACAUAUCGAGAUUUAAAAAUGUGGGCUCAGGAACUUCAACGAAAUGUACAAGAUCCCAUGAUAUUAACUGUAGUUGGAAAUAAACUCGAUUUACACGCAACGCGCACCGUGUCACGUGAGGAAGCCUUCCUCUUCGCAUCCUCGAUCGGUGCAAAUUACAUGGAAACGUCCGCUCUCAAUGAGCAGGGUCUCAAUCAGGUGUUUCUUCGUAUAGCGGAAGGUUUGGUUCGUUUGGCCAAUGAAAAUAAAAGCCAAACAUUAAGACGAUACGAUUCCUCGAACUCAAUAUCAGCAUAUUCAAAUGUGUUUGCCGAUGACGACCAAGCGUUCCACCUGCCAUCCGUCCACUUGGGUAUUCCCGUAGAGGAGGGGGAUGUGCACAGCAGUGAUGUGGGCCGAUUGGAAACGCCUUCUUGGAGUAUCGACCAUAUAGCACAUGGUUCCGUGGAGACUACCGGAUGGUGCUGCUACUAAAUGGCGAAUAUUGUCGCCAUCGAAGCGAUAAUCUCUGUAUAUACCUCGUGCUGCAAACAAGCGUGCUUAUUGUGAUGUAUUUUUGAAACCAAACCUGUUUAUUUUCCUUUUAAGUAAUAAAAAAGAGACGUUGAUAUUUAUAAAGAAGAUUUUAUAUUUUCAAACCGGAUCUAUAUAUCUCAUUGUUACGGAUUAGAAUUUAGAAUGGAAGUUUGUAUGUUAAGGAAGACAACUAAACAUUACUCUUACAUUAGCUUUGUAAACUGGGUUGUUUUGAACUUAAUUUCUGUUAUUGACAAAGUUCUUCUGACGAUUAAAAUUUAAUCAACAUUUAUUCUGAGUAAACACGUAGAGAAGCUAACUAACGCUUAGGAGAACUAGAUACGCCAUUUACUCCGGUUCGCUACUAAGUCCAAAGUCAAUUACAUUUCAUCAUACUCCGAUUGUCCCCAGUACGUUUUACAAUAUUCUCGUCAAUUCCCGUAUUUUUCAUGGAAAAAGAGAUAAAUUUUACAAAUCGAUAUAAUUAAUGCAUAAUCAUAAAAUCAUAGCAACUUCCGCCUUCCAUGAAACCUAGAAAACAGAUGCAUUUAUAAGUUUCUCAAACAACUGCUUUGCCUUGUUCUUGGUCAAAAAUAUACUGUAAACGGUAAUGCUCAGAAAAUAUUAUUCUCCUGUUCUUUAGGAGUGUGCACACAAAAGACUAGUGGAUAGUGCUUCAAAAGCAAGAUUGGCUAUUUAAAUUUCAAAAAUGUGUUCAAAAUAUCAAAUAUCCCCAUUCGGCGCUUAAAAUGCUAGAUAAGCAAUUGUUGUCCAAUAGAAUGUUAUUGUAAAGUCCAUCGAAACUCAAAUAAAUCUGUGGAAAUCGACUUAUUA